CCAUCUGGCAACAUUGGUUUUUGACAGCAGACAGACAUGGCGUGCGUGCUAAACCGUGAAUUAUUUUAAUGGAAAGCCAGCUUUGUAAAAUGAAAAUUGAUAUGUUUAUUGCAACAACAUUAUUUUACUAAAUAUAAAAUCUGAUUAUGUGGUCACAUAUAAGAGGGCACAAUCUUAAUGUUGAAGUGCGGAAAUGGUAAAGAGCUUUCGUGACUUGGUGAAUGGUCUGAUGCGGUGGCUGUUUUGAAGAGGAGGUGAUGAUGCGAGGAGUUGGGGCGAGUCGGGCGCCCGGCGGUGGAGUGCGCGGGUGAUAUGCAAGCGGCGCCGACGCGCUACGUGUCAGUGAGCGAGCUAUACUCGACCGACGAAGUGGAGCUUUUGUUGGACGAGAUUCGGGAACUGGAGCCCACUAGCUGCCGCGGCGAGGAUCUGCAGGACUUCGAGAUCGCGGGCAGUGGGUGGUCGGGCGCGGGCGACGGCGGGCGGUCGCCGGCGGGCACGGAGCUGACGGAGCGCUCGUGGGACUCACACGCGCACUACCGCCGUCCGCCGCCGCCGCAUCCGCGUCCGCUCGCGCCCCUCUACUGCCGCCCGCGGCAUCUGCUCACCUGGCGCGGCGCUACCACUCUGCUUUUGCUAGUGAUCUGUGCAUUGGUGUGCGGCUGCGUGUGGGGUGCGGUGGGGCUGCGCGCGGCGCUGCUGCCGCUGGCGGCGCGCGUGCAGCUGCUGCUGCUGGGCGCGCUGUCCUCGCUGCUGCUGCACGCCGUGCUGCUGGCCAUGCAGCUCACCGGGCUCGCCGCGCUGCUGCCCAUCAACUGGAACAAGCUGUCGGGGCUGACGGGCGUGUGGAGCUCGUUCGCGCUGCUGGUGGGCGGCGCGCUGACGCUGCACGCGGUGCUGGUGUCGGACGCGUAUCGCUGGGCGCCUGGCGCACUGGCGCGGCUACUGGCGGCGGGCGGCGCACUGGGCGUGGCGGGCGCGGCGCCGGCGGCGGCGCUGGCGGCGGCCGGCGGCUGGCGCGCGCCCCGCCGUCGUCGGCCGCCGCCCGCCGCGUACCGCGCUGUGCCCGCCGCCUCCACCUCGCGCGACGACCCCUUAUAGUGACCGUGAGAACUCCGGUGGAAUCGGCUGCGGUGACUAUACGAGUAGUCGGGAGUUCCGAACCGACCGAUUCGAACCCGCUGUUACGAUUUGAAAUAGUUUUUUGGAAUAUCCGAUAAAUUUAAGUGAGAAGUUUUUCAAUAGUUUUUUCACAGAUCGAUUGAUCGAUCCUGUUAUUAUUUACCGUAUUACUCGCACGGGGAAUUGACCGAUUUUACAUCUUCUCAUUAAACAUCGAUAUCUAGAGAUUUGUAUGAUGUAUUUUACGGGUUUAAAUAUGUUAGUUUUCCCUACAAAAUAAACAAAAGCCCAGUUCUGGAGGCUUCUCGUGUAACGCACAACUGAUCACUGCCAGCGCUCGUCUCCUACUACUGAUUCUGACCAACAUCUCUUUAAUGUAGUGAAGUUUGCGUCCAAUCGUUAAAUACGUGGAUGUUUACAACCAACGCUUUCUCAAAUCUACUUUUAUGUAUAUCGAUGAGUUCAAGAAAUAAAUUAUAUUAUGAUUACAUAUGUAAUAUACCUGUAAUAUUUGGUACAAAAAUGUAAACAACAAUAUCAAAUGUUAUUAAAGAUUUUAACAUACUAUUAAUUAUUGUUCACCAAAUUAUGGAGCAUAUUUCAGUUGUAAUGUACGUGUUCCUGCAUUUGUAUUGCUUUGAAGUUGGAAUGAGUUGGUUGUAGGGCAACCAUUCUUUACCAAAGUUCUGUUAUUUGCAAGUCUGAUUUUGAUGCUAGUCUUAGUCGUAAGCAUAAUUCAUUAGUUUUAUUAAGCGACAACAUUCCUCGGUAGUUUUUGCACAAAUCUAGUUUAUUGCGCGAGUUUGUAGUGUGAGAGAGAUUGUAAAUCUAGUUAAAAAUACGAGAUCGACCAUCUCGUAUUUUUAGUAGAAUAUAAUUGACGUGAAUAAUGUCCACCCGGCAGCGACAUUAGAGAGCCAUUCUUAGGACAAUUGCAUUAGAAUCUCGGCUAUUAUUUACAUGCUAAAUCUUUAAAAAUAAAAAUCAAAUGAAACAUGGUCAUGACAAAUAAUCGAAGGUCAAGUAUGCAUCCAGGGUGUUGAUUCGUGUAAUGUUAAGUAAAUGUCUCUUGAGACGCGAUACUGAGUUAAUGUUAGUAGGAUCAACAUCAAAGUAGUCGCGACUCUACUGCAUUUCGUGUUUAGUAUCAGUGCUUUUUCAUUCCAAAUUUAAAUUUCAAUGUAGUCGUGUCCCUUGUGGAAGUCUAAUGUCCAUGCCCCACUGUCUGAUAUUUCUUUGUCCUGUUUUCCAUUCGUCCAUCUCAAACAAAUAUGUUGUAUAAUCUAAUAUUAUGUCUGAUUACUUAUUCAAGUAAUCAGACUAUAAGUAUUUAUAUUCAUAAAUUGUAAAAGGGUAACUUUGUACUUGUGUAAGCGAAUAUUGUAUUUAUUGUUUUAAAGUAAUACUGUUGUAUAAAUGGGGCCAAAAUUUGGGAACUGUAUUUUGUCUUUGUUUUUAGGGUACAUGCAAUAACUCUCGAGAGAUGUCCUUGUGGUUUAUGCUGGCACUGCACAUUGCACAUGGCUAUUUGGGGUAUAUUUGUUUAUAAAUAAACGACGUUCAUUGCCUAGUUUUAGUGUGAGUUAUGCAUUAAUACCAGACAAUAGUAAGUUUUGUAUAUCGAUUUAUGUUAACGAUGAAUAGCCUUGCGAGGUGCCAUCGUUAUAGAUAUUUAAUGGGUAUCCCCAUGUCACUUAUUCAGGGUCUAUAAAAUACGUUCCGUUGUGGAACUUGAAUUUCCAAUUUUUAAUGAAGAGUCUGGAGCUUGUUAGCGAUAAGGAGCCGAUCCAUUAAAGCCUACUUGAAACGCGUGUCAUACAGUUCCCAAUCAUUUUGCCUCCCAUACACGCGCAGUCUAGUCAGGUUCGCGUCUGUUCAUAAGCGAAAUAUACAAUACAUAGUUAUAAGAAAGUUCGACUAAUAAGAGUUGUUAUAGUAAUAAUUUUAUACUAUGUCCGGUCUGUCGUACUCGCACGAGCUUUCAGUUGGCACUGCUGCUUCUUGCGCUGCGCAAGUUUACAUGCUAUUUGUAUAAAAGCGACGAUUUUUGUUUUAUAAAUUAAAGAGCUUUAAAUGUUUUGACAAAAUACUAAUCCAUUUAUAUUUUGCGAUGUAAAAUAUUUAAUUUCCGCUACUCGAUCAGAAUUGGAUUUAUUUUUGUUGUAUACGUAUAUGCCUAGUGCCAUCUUACCCGGAAACACUUGACGGUGACAUGUUCACUGGACGGUGAGGUAGCUAUUCGGGUUAAAGUUUAUUUGUUGUUCUAUUAACUAAGUUCACCAAUAUUAGCUGUAGACAAUUAGAAGGGAUCACAGAUAAUGUCGCCAUUUCCUCACCUUUGAAGUUCGUUUGCCAGACUGAUAUAUUGACGCACAUUCUAAUUUUAUAAAAUUGCUAUUGGUUCUUCGUGCGUUGUAGGUUUGCGUAGCGCUUGUCACAUUUUUCCAUUGUCGAUACUUCACUUCCUUUACCGACGUAGGUGUCAUACAUAUCACGAAGUUAUUGAAUUGUCCAUUAUCUUCCGUUUGUGACCGUACUCUUCAGUGGGUUGCCAGCAUAAACAUGUCGCAGUCUCGUGCCGCGCGAAACAAAAAGCAGCCAAACAAAAACAAAAAUUCUGACUUAUUCGGUGCAAGUCGUAUUUUUGUAUUACAAGUUGUUGCUCUGCUACUCUACUAAUAGUUUUACUAGUUACGUUAAAGCUUAACUUUUAAAAUUUUAAUAUUGCCAUUUCAUUCCCUCAAUAAUUUCUCACAAAAAAUACUUAUGUCGGAGAGUAAGCGUUUCUAAAAAAUCCCUGAACGAAAAGAAAAUUUAUUUAACUGGCAACCCUGCUCACAUCCUCCUUCCCCGCCUACCCCCUCAUCUCCCCGAGCCGUUCGCUUUGUGUGUUACAUUGUAAGUUGGCAUGUAUUACGACUAUACCGUGCUAUUCUGUAAGUUAUUGUGUAAUACGAUCUCGAUCAAUAUGUGCGAGUCAUUUUUACUUUUAAAUUUUAAUGAUAAUUAUAUGGUUUUAUACAA